UAUUGGCGGCGAUUAGGGGCGCGGAAACUGAACUGGCACAACUGCCGACCCGGCUAUCUCGGACAUUUGGGGCACCGCUGGUUCUGCCAGCCCCGCCAGCCCCGCCAACCCUGCCAUGGCUGCUCCCAGCCAGGUUACGGGGUGGAUCCGGGCAUUGACUUAGCACCGCAAGUACCAGGUUAGAUGCUGGACCACCAGGAUGAAGAAACAAGUCCCUGCGUCUGGAAUGUACGGCUUAUUGAGGAAGACACAAUCAAGGCCCGGCCCUUGUCGUGGCCUGGGACGUCGCCAGGGACGUGGCCAGGGAGGACCCCUCGCUGGAGAGACAUUUUAAGGGCCACCGAGAUGCAGUUACCUGUGUGGACUUCAGUCUCAACACCAAGCACCUGGCCAGCGGCUCCAUGGACUCAACCCUCAUGAUCUGGCACAUGAAGCCCCAGUCACGUGCCUACCGCUUCACGGGCCACAAGGAUGCUGUGACUUGUGUGAAUUUCUCCCCAUCGGGACACCUGCUUGCCUCAGGCUCCCGAGACAAGACUGUUCGCAUCUGGGUGCCCAAUGUCAAAGGUGAGUCAACUGUAUUUCGUGCACACACGGCCACAGUGAGGAGUGUCCACUUCUGCAGUGAUGGCCAGUCACUUGUGACAGCCUCUGAUGACAAGACAGUCAAGGUGUGGUCGACUCACCGCCAGAGAUUCCUGUUUUCCCUGACGCAGCACAUCAACUGGGUCCGCUGUGCCAAGUUCUCCCCUGACGGGCGGCUCAUCGUGUCUGCCAGUGAUGACAAAACUGUCAAGCUGUGGGACAAGACCAGCCGGGAGUGCAUCCACUCGUACUGUGAGCACGGCGGUUUUGUCACCUACGUGGACUUCCACCCCAGUGGUACCUGCAUUGCUGCUGCUGGCAUGGACAACACAGUGAAGGUGUGGGAUGCGCGGACCCACCGGCUGCUGCAGCAUUAUCAGUUACACAGUGCAGCCGUGAAUGCCCUCUCCUUCCACCCGUCGGGAAACUACCUCAUCACAGCCUCCAGUGACUCAACCCUGAAGAUCCUGGACCUGAUGGAGGGCCGGCUGCUCUACACGCUCCACGGGCACCAGGGGCCUGCUACCACCGUUGCCUUUUCAAGAACGGGGGAGUAUUUCGCUUCGGGCGGCUCUGAUGAGCAGGUGAUGGUCUGGAAGAGUAACUUCGACAUCGUUGAUUAUGGAGACAUGAAGGCACGGAGGCCCCCACCCCUAGCCAGCUCUGCUGGGACUCUGCCAGAAAUGGAUCUGCCUGUCCCGCCAGGCAGAGAGAAGAGUCUGGAGUCAGUCCAAGGUGAAGCCCAGGAGCCUGUGAGCAUGCCCCAGACACUGACCAGCACGCUCGAGCACAUCGUGGGCCAGCUGGACAUCCUCACACAGACAGUGUCCAUUCUGGAACAGCGGCUGACUCUGACAGAAGACAGGCUGAAGCAGUGCCUGGAGAACCAGCAGCUAAUCAUGCAGAGACCACCGCCAUGAGGGGAGCAAGGAUCAGGAGCUCAGUUGAUGGGGGCACAGCAGGCCAGGGAUUUGUAUGGGGACUUGAGUAAAUAAAUAAAGGGAUCCCACCUGAGGGAGCCACAUCGUACCCAGUCUGGGAUUGGGUGCCCUCCUCCCCACCCCGCAAGUGCUGCUCAUACCUGGAGCCUCUCCGGCUGACAAUGGGAAGCUCCCAGUGGGCAGAGCCACACAGAAAGGAGCCUGGAGACCCAGAAGGCAGGGCCACACUCAGUUUAACAAAGGGAGCCUUUGAACUGUGUGUUUCCUCAGAUCCUAAGGUGGUGGCUCUCUCUCCCUCUCCCUCUCCCUCUCCCUCUCCCUCUCCCUCUCCCUCUCCCUCUCCCUCUCCCUUUUCCCCUCUCCCUUUCCCCUCCCCCUUCUUUCUCUCUCCCCUCCUCCUCUCCCUCUCCAUCUCCAUGUCUCCGUCUCUCUUUCUCCCCCACACCUCCUUGCCAGGUCUUCAUUUUCCUCACCUUCAGCCUCCUGACUGGUUUCUGAGUUGAGUGCUCAUUGCUUAGAUGAGCCAAGAAUUUCUUUCCAUUUGACCCCUUCCCCUGACCAAAGCCCCCAGGGGACCCACGUGGGUCGGGUCUGUUCAGGAAGGAGCUGGGUGGAAUAGGUAGGGCCUUUGCAGUGGCCUUAAUUUCUGUCACCACAUAUAUUCGCCAGGACCCAUGGCUUCUUCUUCUAUAUAUACUUGAGAGUAAAGGAAUCUGAAAAUUAAAA